AUGGAGGUCGAGUACCGUCCAUUUGAAGACGAGCUGCACCUUUCCUACAGUCUGCAGGAGAGUGCAAUGCUCAGUGAUACUGAGGCCCAAAACAUGCCGCUGUUUCAGAAUCGCUGUCGUCUCAUUGUGUACUCGCUCUGUCCCGAUGAGAAACUUCGGAAGAUCAUCGACAGGUUAAAUUUGGGCAGCAUGGAGGUCGAGUACCGUCCAUUUGAAGACGAGCUGCACCUUUCCUACUUGCUGUGGCGCUGUUGCUGGGGCACCUUGCGAGCCUUUCAGGCUUUCUGCUGCGGGCUGUCCAAGCUCCUCCGCCCGUUGAUCUCUUCCCUAUGCUGCUGCUGUUCCCCUCUCUGCUCAAUUGUGGCCGAGUGCUUUAACCGUUCCCCCAUGGUCUGGAGAUACCUUAUGUGUCGAUGUUUCCGGAAUUGCUGGUUUCCGAAGUAUCACAAUCUGUAUGGAGUGUACCACACAAAUCUUUAUGGAAGACGGAACCUUACGGACGUGCGCGACUCUUUCUAUGACAACUUUUUAAAGUACAUGGAAUUAAAAGCUGGAAAAUCAUCCCUGAUAUUUAUUGUUGAUGAUGAGAGAAAUGGGAAAGAGGCAAAGGAAAACAUUGAAGCAGAACAUCCAACACUAAGAAAAUGCUGUGAUAAAAUAUUUGUUUUUGAGCCCCAGAAUCCCAAUGGCCAGACUGUAUGGAAUCAAGAGGAAAUUCGCAACUUCAACAGAUAUCUGAGUGCAUUUCAACAGAAUUAUACUCCAGAGCGUGCUUUAUAGAGUACAAGGAUGUUGAUGACGCAAUUUUCCACUCUGCUUUCGCAAAAUAGCCAACUUUUAAAUUACCUACUUUUGAACAGUUUUAACUAUUUUAGUUUGGGUAAUCCUGAUGUUUCCAAUUUCUGUAAUGGAACCAUUUAAUGCAGAAGAGGCCCUUUGGACCAUCCAGUCUGCACUGCCAAAAACUAUUCUAUGACCUACUUUAGUCCCACUUUCCCGUACUAGACCAAUAUCCUUGAACUGUCUGUUUAGGGUUAAGUUUGACUUGGGCACUGCCUAACAUUUUUCAGAUGCUUCUGGCAAAGUGCUCACUCCCCACCUGCAAUGUCCUUCCCUAAGUGACAUUGACCUGAAUCAUUGCUGUCCAUGUGUUUUUGGCAUACUUACAUUGCUGUUUGGGAAGAAGUUCAAGGUUUUUGAUCCUGUGACAGUGAAGAAGUAGAAAUAUAAUUCUAAGUUAGAAUGGUGUGUGCCUUGGAGGAGUACGUACAGGUUAUGUGAAAAAGAGGAAAGAACAAGGCAUUAUUUGUCUUUAAAUGUUUUCUUUAUUUUAUCUAAAGAUUUUGACAUGUUUCAUUUGCUCAAAAUAUUAUUUUCCCUUGAUGUGAAGCAUUGGUAAUUUUAUGAAAAUGCUGUAAAACUGUAACAUAAUUAUUAAAAAUCAAAUGUGUUCAUGUAUCAGUAUAAAGAAACAAAUAAGGUAACUGAAGUAAAUCUGUACCAUGGGUGGGUAAGGCUGCCUUUGGAAGAGUGCCUUUGAUGUUUUUACUAACACCAAAAUACUUCUCCUGCACAUAAGCUCUUUGUACUGAUUAUUGGCUAUUUUUGUUUGAUGUUCAAUAAACCUGUCCAACUGUUCACAA